AUGUCGACUCAAAUCAACUAUGCUACCCUCAUAAAAGAUCAUAUUUUGACCGACCCAAACUACGUUGACUGGAGGAGGAACAUCAAGUUGCUCCUGACUGCAGAAGAUCUGAUGUCAGUCAUUGAGCAAGAUGAACCUGAAUUCCUGCAAAAUGAGGACCCUAUUGCUAAAGCGGCCUAUGAGUUAUUUCGUCAGAAUAAAUCUAAGGCCAAACUCCUUGUAUUGAACUCUGUGGAAAAGACCAUCGCUAAUUCUGUCAAGGAUUUGUACUUGACAAAGGAUAUGAUGGAGGAGUUGAAGGAGAUGUAUGGAAGAGAAGAAAGACAUGUCCAUCAUCAACUAGUGACACUUCUCCAUGGCAUAAAGAUGGCCCAAGGAACUCCAGUUAUAGAUCAUAUAAUAAAAAUGCGGAACUUGUUCGAAGAUCUGGAGAACCUUGGGGUGUCUUUUAAGCUGAAUUAUAAGAUGAAUGUUAUCUUCUACUCUUUAUCUCAGGAUAUCUACAGAUCAUUUAUUGUUAAUUAUAACAUGAAUAAACUCUCCAUCGAACUUCCUGAGCUGGGCAACAUGUUGCAAGAGGUAGAGGCUGCAUCCAAAAAGUAA